AUGGAAGAGCCAAAAAAAAAGAGCAUACUUGACAUUCUUUUCCUGUCGCUAGCCAUGUUCGUCUUCUCUUUUAUAAUAUUAUACGUCUAUAUGAAGAGGGUUAUUAAUCCUGGAAAGAAAAACUUUGGGAAGGUACUAGGGAAAGGAACUAAAAGAAAGCAGAAAAGAAAUAUAGAUGUAAUGAGCAGCAAUAAUUCAACAGUAAGUAUUGAACUAAGCACUGCAGAAAUGGACUAACUACUAGAUAUAAUUUAAAACAGAUUAAAGCUUAAAACGUGCUUUACACUUUCAGAUCUUUAAAUAGGAAC